CCAGAUGCCUCACUCGUUCCAGAAACAAUGUCCGUCCGAGCUCAUAUAGCAGAGACAGAGAGAGGGUUUGCCAGCGACUUUUGAAGCACCUGCUAAUAUAGAGCUUAAUUGCACUUAAUUAGCCAGCCUGAACCACAUUAAUCAAGCCUUUUGAUGAACAGAGAGAUCGAUCGAGCCAGCAUGUGACUCUCUGCGUACAAGUGGCAAGCUUUCAGCUCUGCGGUCGCUGCUCUUUGGAGUCCCUCGGGCUGCCCUGCCCUGCUUCACCUGGAUUCCAAGUUCAAGCUCGCGAGCACCCAACUGGAGUAGUAGAAUAUUGGCAGGAGCAGAGGCUGAUUUGACCACGAGAUCUGGGAGUCAUGGCGGCCGCUAGACGCGCUGGCAAUUUGGUCUUUCGUCUCAAAGAUUGCUUGCUGGAAAGCAGACUCGGUUGCGUCGCGUGUGUGCGUGAGGGGGAUGCGGCCAUUCCGUGGCAGCCGAGAGUUGGUGAUCUAGCUGCAGGCUUUCACUCCUCGGCGGCGCCCCUUGUAAUUUCUGGCGGAGGGAGCCCGAAAUUGUAUCAUCAUGAUUCAGCGCGGAAGAAUUCCGACUUUGUCCGGUUCGCCUCGGGGAAGACUUCACAUGCAGCUUCUGCGAAAGCUGCCGCUGAAGCUGCAGAAAUUCGCGAGGAGGUCCAAAAGGUAAAAGAGGAAUCCAAAAUUCAUGCAGGAGUCAAGAAGGUGAAUGAGACUCCUUCCGAAGAAACUAAAAUCCACGAGGGAGUCAAGAAGCUGAAAGAGGACUCAUCAUCAGAUGAGAAUGCCAAGAAAGAGGCAAGGGCUUCUGCAAGGGAAGAAGAUGAAGAAGCAGCAGAAGAGGUUAUAGACGAGAAGACUAAGACACUGAGGGCUGCACUAGCACAUGUGCCUAAACUAGGAUGGACAGAAGCCGCAAUGGUUGCUGGAGCCAAAGAUGUGGGGCUCUCACCCGCCAUUGUGGGAGCAUUUCAGCGUAAGGAGGCAGCACUUGUGGAGUUCUUCAUGGAGGAGUGUAAUCUUGCACUGGCCGAAGAGUUAGAGGAUCGUGAGGAAGAACUAGCAAAGAUGGUGCUUCACGACCGUGUUGCAGCCAUCGUAUGGAUGCGCCUAGAGAUGCAGAUUCCAUACCUGUCGAAGUGGGCUCAAGCAUUGAGCAUUCAGGCCAAUCCGUUGAACGUCCCAGCUACUGUAAAGCAACGAGCGCUUUUGGUGGACGACAUUUGGCAUGCUGCUGGUGAUCGAUCUGCAGAUAUGGAUUGGUAUGCAAAGCGGGCUUUGUUAGCGGGUGUGUACUCAACAACAGAAUUGUACAUGCUUACUGAUACUUCUCCAGGCUUUCGAGAUACAAAGACAUUUCUGGGACGUCGAAUAGUCGAUGCAAUUGACUGCCGAAAGUCAGUCCAGGAGGCAACUCAUCUCGCCCAAGCUCUCGGUGCAGGGUUUCAAAACACAGUGAACGCUUUUCUGAGCAGGUCUCGGUCGCCCUCAGGCUUCAAAUUUUGAGGCUAAAUCUUUCAUUGUACAUAUGGAGCUUAUAGAUCUUGGUAAAGCAGUGGUAAAGCAACAUGAGUAGAUACGUGUUAGAACAUAGCGUCCAACUGUUAACAAUCUGUUAGUCACACCGCAACCAACAAGAAUGCCCUUGGAGGUGAUUACAAAAAUCCGGCAAGUUUUUGUAGAGAGUAAACCAUCUUUGGUACACUUUCUGCACUUUAGAGUUGUCCGUCUAAACAGGUCCACAAAAGCAUCAUUCCGUUGGAACUAAACUGUUAUCUUUGGAAUAUAUGAGCAAAGUCGAUGAGUUUUGUACCUGGUAACGAGGCAAGAAAUGAACCGGCCACUGAAUUCACCUCUCAUCGUAGAAGACAUGUCGUAAAGACACCACCUUCAUAUCCAUCAUCAUUCAUGUGAAUUAGUCAGCUCUACGGUGAAAGAAUGAUUGCUGGUGCGGGACCCCAAGG